AUGUCAGCCCAGCUGAGGGAGCUGAUGGAGCGGAUAGUCGCGUGCUGCCUGAGGACGUGUCCGUGGUUCCAGGAGAAGCCCGAACCGGUCCGGGAUGUGCAGGUGAUCGGAACCCAGCAGAGUGUUCCGGUGAGUCCGGUGUCACCCCCUCCGCCCACUGCGCGCCUCUACACGGCUGUGAGGGAUUACACUGCGCGCACCGCCGAGCACCUGAGCUUCCGCGCGGGGGACCAGCUGCAGGUUCUGGACCAGAGCAGUCCGGACUGGUGGAUUGCGCGAUUGCUGACCGGAACUUCCACCCACAGUCAGGGCUACAUACCAUCCAGUAGCGUGGUUCCGCUUGAGAGCCUGCACGAGGAGAGAAGUGAGAGGAGUUCCAAGACUCAGGGUAAAGGAGAUGAAACGAAAACCUCCCAAAGACAUCCAUGUAGCUCACCAGUGUUUCCUAAAAACUCAACGAAUAAGAAUCGGACAUACCAGACAACACCAAAGCCUGACAUUUCCACUAAGAGUUCUGUGUUUGAAAAGUGGGCUACCAUGGAUAAGGCCAAUCAGAAACCUCUUGUCAAGAAGCAGUUUUCAGAAAUCAACAAAUCUUUCACUUGCAGAGCUGAGAAGAACUCGUCUCUGGUGAACGACAAAGAUCAAACAAGAGAGAAGGUGCAGAGUAGAGCUAUUCAGCAGGACAAGAGGAAUGAUCAGAUUAUCUUGAACCAGCAUGGGUCCAGAAGGAAGCUGAAGGAGCUGAUCUCCAGCACUGAUGAUUUCUACAGAGUGGACACACAUGCAAUCAGGGCUGGCCAAGAGCUAAAGAGUAAGAAGAUCUUCUCAGUGCAGACUAUUGCCAGAACCAUCACCAAGGGAACGUCUACUGAUUUAGAAAAGCUGCGUGCAAUCUGGAUCUGGCUCUGCCAUAACAUUGAGUAUGAUGUGAAUGGGUACCUGGGUCUGACUGAGAAAGUGUGUUCUCCUGAGCGGACUAUCGAAACAGGACGAGGAGUUUGCAGUGGAUACUCCAGCCUCUGCUUACAACUGUGCAAGGAGGUUGGCAUUGAGUGCAAGAAGGUGAAUGGCCAUGGCAAAGGUGUUGGAUACAAAUUGGGCCAGAGCUACCAGAGCACCAAGUCAAAUCAUUCGUGGAAUGCAGUGCGUUUGGAGGAUCACUGGUAUCUGCUGGAUGCCUGCUGGGGAGCUGGGGUAGUCGAUAUGGAGAACAAAACUUUUAUAAAGAGAUAUAAUGAAUUCUACUUCCUAACUGAUCCAGAGGACUUCAUUGAUUCACACUGGCCCGAUGAGGAGGAGUGGCAGCUGCUGGACAGCCCCAUUACGCUGGAGGAGUUUGAGAAGAGUGUGCCGAAAGACACCGAGUUUUACAAGCUUGGGUUAAAUCUUAUCCACCCCAAACAAUUCUUACUUGUUACAGAGGAUGGUGAGGCUUCCAUAUCACUGGGAUUCUCUCAGCCUGUGGACUUCACAUAUAAGAUUUCUCAGCACCACAGUAGUGGACAGAAGGAGCUGAGUACCUCUAUGGGUCAACUCACUGCCACGCAGAACAGCAUGAAGCUCCGUCUAAUGCCGCCAUCCUCAGGAACAUUUGAAAUCGAGCUGUUUGCACGACCAGGACAUGCUUCCGGAAGUCUCAGCUGGGUGUGUUCCUUUCUACUGGAGUGCUAUGAGCCUAAGACUUCAGAGAAUUUCCCUGAGAACCCUUACCUGUACUGGGGAUUGACACCAAAUGCUGAAGAUCUGGGAGUGAAAUCAUGCGUAUAUGAUGGUGAGGCUUUUUUACUCAAAUCGGGGUCAUAUGAACUUGUACUGCAGACUAGCAGGCCACUCGAGAUGCUGUGUGAAAUAAGCCAUAAGGAUUUGGAUGACACCCUGUCUAAGAGAUGUCUAGCCACCCAAAUUGAAGCAGAAAAACUUACCUGUCACAUUCUUUGUCCAUACAUUGGUUAUUACAGACUGUCUGUAUUUGUCAUGGACUAUGAGAGUGACAGAAACAGCUUCCAGAAUGUGGGGAACUUUCUUCUUCACUGCAUUGCCAAUCCAGUCAACUUGAAUCAGCUUUUUCCUCCAGAUCUCAGCCACUUUUGUGGGCCUGGAAUCAGAACUGAUGAUGCUGGCCUAUCAAAGUUCAGCCACACAGCAGCAAUAGUGAGCACACAGCAGGGAAAAUGCAACAUCACCUUCCAGAACCCAAGGGAUCUGGACCUCUAUGCCAUUUUAAAACAUGGCAAAGAAGAAUCUGGACAUUCCCUUUCUCAGUAUGUCUUCUUCACCCACAAUGGCGAUAAGGUCACUCUCAGUGUGGCUCUGCCUGAGCCGGGAGUUUACAAACUGAGUCUUUAUGGAAAGACUCCAUCCAACCAGAAAUAUAACCUGCUGUGUGAUUUCAUCCUUCAGAACAGCUCAGAGAGCUCGUGGCCCCCAUUCCCAUACACCUACGCGGAUUGGCGGAAGGGCAGUGUGCUGUUUGAGCCACGCUCAGGCUUACUUGAGCCACUGUGUUGGGUUCAGUUCCGUGUCUGUGUCCCUGGGGCUCACAGAGUCACUGUGCUGGCUGAGCAGAGGGUGGAUCUGCAAAUCAAUAAGAGUCACAUUUGGGAAGGAGAAGUGUUCACAGGGAACGUGGAACAGAUCAAACUCGCAGCCAUCCAAGAGGAAACAUCCAAUCGGAUGAAUUUCCUGAUGCGUUUUGAUGUGCUGAAGCCACAAAAUGAGAUGUAA